UCUAGCACCAUUGAUCACCAACCAUGACCCACAGAUCAUGACGUCUCUCGUACGUAAUGUUUCCACGCCUACUAGAACCACGUUUGGCGAAAGCAUGGAUUCCGACAAAAUGCAAUUCCACGAGAUGGGUUUGGAUGACCGUAUUUUAAAGGCAGUAGCCGACCUUGGAUGGGCCCAGCCGACACUCAUUCAAGAAAAAGCGAUACCACUGGCUCUUGAUGGGAAGGAUCUUUUGGCAAGAGCUCGAACUGGUUCAGGGAAGACUGCUGCUUACGCUGUACCGAUGAUUCAGCAGAUUCUCACCUCUAAGCAGACGGUGCGAGAGCAGGCAGUGCGAGCUUUAGUCCUCGUUCCCACCAAAGAGCUGGGACAACAGGUACAGGCUAUGAUUCGCCAGCUCACUGCAUACUGUGUCAGAGACGUUCGUGUGGCCGACAUUUCGGGCAAAACAGAGUUAUCGGCGCAGAGGCCGAUUCUGAUGGAAAAACCAGAUGUUGUGGUAGGAACACCGUCUCGAGUGCAAGCUCAUAUCAAAGCCCAGAACCUGGCGCUAAAUGCUUUGGAGAUGCUCGUCAUUGAUGAAGCGGAUCUUCUUUUCUCUUUUGGUUUUGAGGCUGAUCUGAAGAACCUCAUUUGUCACUUGCCCAAGAUCUAUCAGGCUUUCUUGAUGUCUGCUACACUCAAUGACGAUGUUCAGGCCUUGAAGGAGCUCGUUCUACACAACCCUGUAACACUAAAGCUGCAAGGCUCUCAGCUUCCGGACAGCUCCCAGCUUCAGCAGUACAGUGUGAAAUGUGAAGAGGAGGACAAGUUCCUUCUCAUCUACACGCUCCUAAAACUGGGCCUGGUGCGAGGCAAGACGCUCAUAUUCGUCGGCAGUCUGGAUCGCUGCUACAGGCUCAAGCUUUUUUUGGAGCAGUUCAGCAUUCCUUCCUGCGUUCUCAACUCCGAACUUCCUGUGCACUCAAGGUGUCACAUCAUAUCACAGUUUAAUCAGGGAUUCUACGAUUACAUUAUAGCCACAGACGAGCAAGGGCUUGACAACCCGAUUGCUGAUUCCCAGAGUGGUGAGAGCAAAGGGAAAAAGAAGAAAAAGAAGAAUGCGAAGAAUAAAACAGGCAAAGAUAAAGAAUAUGGUGUGUCCAGAGGUGUCGACUUCCAGAACAUCGCAAACGUCAUAAACUUUGAUUUUCCCACUUCAGUUGAAUCCUACAUCCACAGAGUUGGCAGGACCGCACGAGCAGACAACAAAGGCACAGCUCUCACUUUUGUCUCCCAUUCAGAGCUCUUGUUGCUGGAGGAGGUUGAGUGUUCUCUUACAGAAGACAGUGGAAACUGCGCCCUGAAACCUUACGGGUUCAAAAUGGACGAAAUAGAAGGAUUUCGGUACAGAUGUCGGGAUGCAAUGAGGUCUGUGACCAAACAAGCAGUGAAGGAAGCAAGAUUAAAGGAGAUCAAGCAGGAGCUGCUCAACUCAGAAAAGCUUAAGAUGUACUUCGAGGACAACCCAAGAGACCUGCAAUUGCUCCGCCAUGAUAAAGACCUCCAUCCUGCCAUCAUCAAACCCCACCUGAGAAAUGUCCCAGACUACUUGAUUCCAUCAACAAUGAAAAGUCUGGUCAACCCCCUCUUACGCCGCAAGAAGAAGAUCAAGCCCAAUCCAAAGGGAGUCAUGAAAACUGCCUUCAAGAAGAAUAUCAGAGGGAAGAACCCACUGAAGAGUUUUCGCUAUGCUGGGAAGCAGAAAAACAAAUCCUAACAGCACAGGACUAAAUUUUUCUUCAAACCAGUAGAGACAUGGGGAUGGAAAAUGCUCAUUAAUCCUCAACGUGACGAGCUGGAUGGACGUUCUGUGAGGACACAUCUGCUUCGAAUACUUGGACAAUGCGAAGAGACUGAACUGAAAUAUAAAAUAAAGUUUUUUUCAUGGCAGUAAAGAAA